AAACAAUUUUCGACAGCCGGCCAAUAGGUACAUUGUGAUUUAAAUCGAAAAAAUAUAAAUUCAGGGAAAUUCUUAAAGCGAACAAAGCGAUAUCUAUAUUCAAAAUCCUAUUGAAAUGCUUUUGGCACGUUUGGCGCAUGUCCUGCCAGCGCGUUCGACACGGCUGCUGUCCAAGGCGCCCAUCAACGGCGGCCAAGGACUAUGGAAGUCAACGCUGCAGGCGCCCAGAGGCAGACCCAGCCCAAUGAGAGUUGCGCCAGCCAAGCAACAGAAAUCGCUGCUGCAAGCAAUGCGUCCGAAUAUGAGGCGUAACUUUUCCGAGGAGCCGGAUAAUCGCAAUCGAUCCCACUUGGAGCAGCGCACAAAGGGACCGACGCUCAAGGAGCGCAUGAUGGGUCCGCCCAGCGAGAACGCCUACUCCAUGGGCAAGGGCGCAGCGGCGGGCGCGGCACUCAUGGGUCUCGUCGGGCUCUGCUAUUACGGCCUAGGCCUGGCCAAUCAGCCGAGCAUCUACGAUCAUUCGGUCAUGUGGCCGCAGUACGUAAGAGAUCGCAUACACGCCACCUAUGCCUACUUCGGCGCCUCCUGUGCCGUCACGGCGGCAUCGGCAGCCACUGUCUUUCAAUCGGAGCAGCUGUUGCAGCUGAUCAUGCGCAGCGGCUGGAUGGCUACACUGGUGACAAUGGGUCUGGUCAUGGGCACGGGCGCAUUGACGCAAGCGCUGGAAUAUGAGCCGGGCCUGGGCAUGAAACAAUUGGCCUGGGCAUUGCAUUGCGCCGUCAUGGGAGCUGUUGUGGCGCCCAUGUGCUUUCUGGGUGGUCCGAUAUUGGUGCGAGCUCUGCUCUACACGGGCGGCAUUGUGGGCGCUCUCUCCACGGUGGCCGCAUGUGCGCCCAGCGACAGAUUCCUGCAUAUCGGUGGCCCCUUGGCCAUUGGCCUGGGCGUCAUUUUUGCCUCAUCGCUGGCAUCCAUGUGGCUGCCGCCGACCACAGCUCUCGGCGCCGGCCUGGCCUCCAUAUCCCUAUACGGCGGCCUGAUCCUGUUUAGCGCUUUCCUGCUUCACGACACGCAGCGCAUUGUUAAGGCAGCUGAAAGCUAUCCGGAGCACGGAUAUGUCCGCUACGAUCCAAUCAACAAUGCACUUGCCAUUUAUAUGGACGCCCUGAAUAUAUUCAUACGCAUUGCCAUCAUUUUAUCCCAAGGAGAUCAGCGCAAAAAGUAGUAAUCGAGCAGGGCGAAGCGAGGACAACGGAACGUAGAUAUUCAAAAUUGCUUUAGUAUAUAUUUUUAUUCUGGUUGCAGUUUGUUACAAAAUUGUGCAAUAAUCGAUUUAAAGUACACAUGGAAAUUCGGAAA